UACCGAUGGCUUCAUUGAGGCGCAGACGGAAUGCUGCGCGGCGUGAACCGAGCGGAGGAUGAGACAGACGACGAAGUUCUGGCAGAGCUGACGCGCGAGGGAGAGAACCGGCUGGCGUCCGAGCAGCGCGCGCGGCAGGAGCGACACGCUCGAGACUCGCGCUGGCGGACGUUCAUGGUAGCCGUCAUGUUCUUGAGCCAGGUAUUCGUGGAACUGGGCCGGCGCGGCCUACAGUGUCUUCAGCGCAACGUGCCGCGCUAUAUUGCGUUUAUAGACCGCUGGCUAGUGCAGUCCAUCCGCGUAUCGGUGUACCCAAGGAAGAAAAUGGGCACACUACGAGUGCUGCUUGCACUUGGGCUGGCAUUUGCACUACCCUACAUCGUGCUGACCAUCGGGCGCAUGCGUUUUCCAGCAGGACGAGGUGCAAAAGUGAGUGCGGGAGAGCUGGACGAAGAAAAAAUCCGCUCGCGUAUUAUAGUGGACCGUGUUGACACCACGGUGCCAGGGCGCAGGCAAAUGUUUCUUCGUGAAGGAGAUGACGGACUCAAGCUGGACCAAACGCAGCUGAGAUGCGAGAAUACCGUCCAGGGUGUGAAGAUUCUAACAGAUUCGAUGGGUUAUGUGUGUACUCGGUCUCAGCUGGACAAGGUGAAACCUGGUUGCUGCAAUGAGACCGAUGCUAGUCUUCCUCGGAUAAAGCAGUACACGUGCGACCAGUGUGAUACCAAUCCACCGCACUGCUGUGAUGUGUUUGAGCACUGCGUGUCCUGCUGUAUGCACCCUCUCAAUUCCGGUAUUCGGAGGGACUUCUUGACGCACGCUGACCCGGACCACCCAGUCUAUAGCGACCCGGCCGAGAUCACGGUGUUCCAGUACUGCCAAUACCGCUGCCGCACCUCGUCCGCGAGCGUGCAGCACCAAAACUCUUAUCGAAGGUGAGCCUUGUGAUCAACCGGCUGAGGUGACGUUUGGCUAACCAGCAAUUGGCCCAGUCACCGCUCAUUCUGCUACGGUAUUCACCGACCGCUGAAGGUGCUUCCGACCGUCAACAGCGACGGUCUUCACGACGAAUGGAGUGGUGCGUCUCGCGAGGGCGCGCGCGAUCAUCUUGUACCCGCAACUCAACUCGAGCUGGAUCCAUACUAUCGCGCUUAUGAGCUUCCGGACUGAGCGCUUAACGCUGGACAAGCACUUCGGCAACCCGCUCAUAAGAUCGUGGAUCGGACUUCAAGAUGAUCGCGUACCCAUCACUUUUGCUCGUCCACAGCUUGAUGAUGGUCGGCGCAUCGAGCGUAGCAGUUGAAGUUGCGCGUUUGUGGUGUCUUGGCUCCAGUAUUUGUAGACCCAAAUAUCUAGUGGCUUCUUCGAAGCCUACGCGCCAUAUAAAAUGGAUUCGUCGAUGGCUCUCCUCGAAGGUUUCGACAGUGUUCCAUUACGUGUUGUAUCUACGGCCCAGAAUCUGAGGUGCAGCCUGCAGCAGCAGGCGCGUGUGCUUGCUGUUGCAACAGGCACUCGCUGUGGGGCUAAGACAUGCUGAUAGAGAGGCUACAAUACAUGUAUGCCGUAUCAGAGUAGAUUGAACCGAACACUAUUCUGUCAGACGAGACGGCUCACCUCAGACUUCAACAAAAGGAACGCAAGGUUGGACCAUGCGCCUUUCGUAGCGAAGCAAAUGUAUCUGUCUGCUCGGG